AUGGUUUGGAUGCAAAACCUCAUGAGACGAAGACAAUCGCAGUCACCACCAGGAGAUUCAUCGAGCCGCAGCUUUUUCGGAUCCAAGAAUAAGAGGAGAAGCUUGAGACGGGCCACUGGCGACCCCAAUGCAGAAUAUUCUUACACGGCUUCUUCGGGAAGUGAUGAUGCUGCUUGGAGAGUAGAGAAUAUUCGUGGUAGUCCACCAACGGCAGAUGAAUGGUGGCAUGAAGAUACAUCUAUGGAAUCUUCUUUUGAGCAGAGUGAUGAGGAUGACACUUCUUCUGGUACCGAAGAGCGAUUGGAAACCUUCUUGGCUAAAUCAAACAACGCGGGCAACUUGAAAUUUUACAACUGUGGCUUGGAGACUUGGUCGAGAGCACGAAGUGAAUGGAACAAACGUACUGUCAAAGAACUCCCUCCUCGACCGACUCCAGCCGAAUACAACCAGCUUGUACGGGGAUUGAAGAAACACAGUACUCUUCGAACAUACGAACUUCCUAGACAAAUGACAUUGUCAGAUUUGAUUGAUGUCUACACCGACAUAUGGGAGGGAGAUGUAUAG